UGGGUGGGUGUGUGGCUUGUCCUCUCUGCCUGCCACGCCUAUCCUCCCCCCUCUUAUACACAAAACACACAAUAGACCAACACAAAGAGGACAUAAGGUUGAUUGCUCCUCCUCUCCUAUAUAGCAUGUAGAUUUCUAGGGUGGCAUUGCUAAACAUGGUCCUGUGAGCCAUCAGGCCUUUUCUUUACAGGGAAAAUGCAGAAUAUCCUAGGCUGAUGAGCUGACAUUUGUAGGAUUACCUUAUCAGAUCAGGAUUGUCUACACCAAAGCCUGCUGUUGGUAGGAUCACAAGCUGUCCACUAUGGGCAAAUGCACUGGGAGAUGUACCUUGGUUGGGAUCUGCAGCCUGCAGCUGGCAGCUGCUCUACAGAGGCAAAUAUUUGACUUCCUUGGUUACCAGUGGGCUCCAAUAUUAGCCAAUUUCCUUCACAUUAUGGCUGUCAUCCUGGGGAUAUUCGGCACUUUACAUUACAGAUCUAGAUAUCUAAUCUUGUAUUCUGUGUGGUUGGCAUUAUGGGUUGCAUGGAAUGCCUUUAUAAUCUGUUUCUACCUGGAAGUGGGGCAUUUAUCACAGCACAGGGACCUGAUAAUGAAUUUUAACACUUCCUUGCAUCGGUCGUGGUGGAUGGAGAAUGGACCAGGCUGCCUUGUGACACCUGUUCGAUCACCACCUCUGUCACUAGCGGAUCACCACAUGGUCACAGUGACUGGCUGUCUUCUUGACUAUCCCUACAUUGAAGCUCUGAGCAGUGCACUACAGAUCUUUCUGGCGCUCUUCGGCUUUGUGUAUGCCUGUUAUGUCAGCAAAGUCUUCAUGGAUGAAGAAGACAGCUUUGAUUUCAUUGGCUCUUACGAUUCCUAUGGAUAUCAGGCUCCCAUGAAGACAUCACACCUCCAGUUGCAGCCACUGUACAAGCCUGGCUAGACCUACUCUACAAGCCUUCAGUACUACACGUCUUACCUUGUCGAAACCCUUCCUGUAUCUCUUCACAUCUCAUUUAAGUUCCCCACUUAUAUUCCUGAUCAGUGGUCGAAAUGCCUUAAACACCAGAACACAGCAGUAGUAAUGUUCAGAGAUGUCUGUACUGAUUGCGCACAUUUAACAUUGCAACUAAGUAUAGAUGGCAUAAACUGCUAGUUGAAUGGUAUGCCUUGGCUGGUUCGGUCAAGACUGGCUACGUGUCAAACACUGAUCAUUGGAGAGUAAAGGCCAGCCCCAGAGGUUAGGUACAUAAUACAAGAUUAUUUGUCAGUAUAAAUCCACGUCUAAUAGACCACUCUUAGACUAGUAUGAAGAUGGUAUUGGAAGUUUUUGUUUGCGUUUUCAAUUUUUUUUUCCAUUCAGGAGGAACAAUAUACCUUGCCAAACAAGACCACAUUAAGGGAUUGUCAUAUUUUAAGUAUCCAGCUGUUACCCAUCAGCCCAUUAAGAUCAUCUGAAUAUACUGUCACUUAAAUUUAGAAAAUGUGUAAUAUUGUAUAGUACUUUAGUUGAAAACAUACGUAGUCAUAGCACUUAUCUGGGAAUAGCAAGAAGCCCCAAACUGGAAAUGUUGCUGAAGCCCUAAUAAUGAAUCAAAAUGGCUAAUAUCUGGCUGUGCCCUUACAUAAACUGGCUUAGCACCUUUUGUUUUUUACUGUAUAUGUGUUCAAUCUGUAUCAUUACAUCUAUUGCACCAAGGUAUGUUGUAGAAGUGUAAGAAUUUUUUAAAGCAUAAACUGUUGAGCCUUUUUGUAAUUGAUCAGAUGAAUCUAAAAUAGAAAAAAAUUAAGCAAAUCUGCAGAUAUCAGAAGAGUAAUCGGAAACUGUAGUAGCAAAUUACAUAUUUGUAGAAUGUAACCAUGGAAACAAAUAGGUCUAUGUAGAAUCUGUAUACACAAAAUAGUAGAAUUCGUUAUUUUAGGCUAUGUUUCAAUUAAUCUUUUUUUACUUGAAUUUUACUCCUCAUUUUGGUUAGUAUUUUUUAUCAAAACCAGAAGUGGAACAGACACAGAUUUGGAAAUAUUUGCACCUUUUACUUCCGGACCCAUUUCUGGUAUUGGUAAAUAUACUGAUUCAUAACUGAGUGGGGACAUAGACUGAAUUUUGCAACUAUUUGCAACUAUUUGCAAAAUUGCUUUUCUCUUUAUUUUAGAAGUAAUGGAGUUGUAAAAAAUAUGUACAAAACUGCAUAUAGCCUAUCAGUAUUACACAAAUGUAGAUGGGAUUACAUAAGACUUGGUUGUAGAUGACUAUUUCAGAUUGUAAUGUCCAUAAUAACUACAUGAAAUAGCUGUGAAUGUAUGCCUUUAUGGCUGUCCUAUACAAACCACUGUAUUCAGAUAGAGAUAUUCUGAAGUUCUGCAAUGUUGGCAGUUUGUACAGAACGGGGUUGGUUUUAGGUAUUGGAAGAGGUGGAAUACUACAUUUAGACCUACUUCUACAAUAUAUGUUAAAUAGGUGCUCGGUGCUGACUCGUUUUUCUACUAUACAUUUAUAUAUAUAACACCAAGGAAUAAAGAAUUCUUGAUCAAAGAAAUAGAACCCUUUUAAGACAUUAUUAACAUUGGCAAGGAAAUGUCAUGGCCAGUUCGGAUGAGGAUCUACGAUUCUGAAUGGAAAAUAAAUAAGAGGAUGCACUUAACAUGACCAGGAUAAAGUCAAAAGUAUUUUAAACAGGUCAUUGUUAAUAAGAGAUGUGUUAAAGCCCUUAUUUUACAUGGGGGGUGGGGGGGGGAUUCAUCAAACUCAGGUGAUAGUGAGGCAACACAGACAACGAAAUAAACUUGGCAAUACCCUUGGAGGGCACAUUGUCCGACACUGGGAGGAAAUUAGUGGAAAUAUUUUAAGUAGUUCCUGUCUUUUUAUUUGUUUGAUAGAUAAAAUGUGCAAACCUACUACUGUACAAUUAGAAUAAAAAAAGUCAUUUUUAGCCUUAAUGGUACUUAAUGGUCUGUAUGUGACUCCACUGUCACACUUUGAACAUUUCAGGAAAGUAACAAUUUUAAUGUUAACUACGAGCAGUUUGUAUAGAUGUCUUCAAGAGAGCAAUAGCACAUAUUCAGUUUACAAAUACAAUGUGUUUAUUUCUACCCAUGUAUUGUUAUUUUGUUACCAUUGUAUGAAGAGAAAUUUAGCAUGGCGCACAAUGCCACCAAGAUGUCAUAAUGUAAUAGUGUGUGCACUGUCGAUGAAACAGGGGUGGAAUUAAGGAAUGACAAGAAGGGAAAAAUCAUCAGUUAUGCUGGUCUGUAAAGUCAUGACAAAUAGCAGAGCACAAUGGUUGAGCUUCCUUAACAUUUAAGAUUGGGAAUACUGGCACUGGUGUUGCACCUGCACUGUGAAUGCAAUAGGAUUGCAAUAGUAUGUGAUGGCUGUAGUGGCCAUGACAUUGUAGGAACACUAUAACAUACAUUCAUAAGCACAAUAUGGACAUCCAAUGGUAUCAAUGUCAGUACAGUGCUCAUGUAUGCAUGUUAUGUGUACAUGUAUGAAGAUGUUUGUGUUCAUUUUAGUAUAUGUGAAGUCUAAGCACUCUCGCAUGUCAUAUUCAUUAUGAGUGUAGAGUUUGAUGGUGUGCUAUAAAACCAUAGGCCUUGGUUCGUAGGAUCAUAGAGUUAUCAUCUGAAAAAGAUCAUAGCGAUGUUACUUUAUAAAACACUUACAGGUCCUUCUGAUUCCCAGGAAUGAGAGAAUGCACCCUGGUCUAAUUUAAUGUAUGUAUGGGAUUUCUUUUAUAAUGUACCUCAGAUUAUGUCCAUUUUUGUAUAUUUGAAUUAAACAGUGUUUUGAUUCUUUCUCUCUUUG